CGCGCAGAUCCCCAUUCAUUUCCCCGCUGCUAAGUGGCGCCGCUGAGGGCGACUAGGCUCCAAGCCUUCGGGGUCUGUCCCGCCGGGCAGGAGGCUGUCAUGGCAACCCUGGAAAAGCUGAUGAAGGCUUUCGAGUCGCUCAAGUCGUUUCAGCAGCAGCAGCAGCAACAGCAGCAGCAGCAGCAGCAGUCCCCCCCCCCCCCCUCCCCCCCCCCCUGCCCCCCCCAACCUCCUCCUCUUCCUCCUCCUCCUCCUCCCUUACCAGCAGGACCUGAAGAAAGGCCACUGGUAAAUAAGAAGAAGGAACUCUCAGCCACCAAGAAGGACCGUGUGAGUCAUUGUCUAACAAUAUGUGAAAACAUCGUGGCACAGUCUCUCAGAAAUUCUCCAGAAUUUCAGAAACUCUUGGGCAUUGCUAUGGAGCUGUUUCUGCUGUGCAGUGAUGAUGCAGAAUCAGAUGUCAGGAUGGUAGCUGAUGAGUGCCUCAACAAAGUCAUCAAAGCUUUGAUGGAUUCUAAUCUUCCAAGGCUACAGCUAGAACUCUAUAAGGAGAUUAAAAAGAAUGGUGCUCCUCGAAGUUUGCGUGCAGCCCUGUGGAGGUUUGCUGAGCUGGCUCACCUGGUUCGACCUCAAAAAUGCAGGCCUUACCUGGUGAACCUACUUCCAUGCCUGACCCGAACAAGCAAGAGACCUGAAGAAUCAGUUCAGGAGACCUUGGCUGCAGCUGUUCCCAAAAUUAUGGCUUCUUUUGGAAAUUUUGCCAAUGACAAUGAAAUUAAGGUUCUGUUGAAAGCUUUCAUAGCAAAUCUGAAGUCAAGUUCUCCCACUGUCCGACGGACAGCAGCUGGCUCAGCAGUGAGCAUCUGCCAGCAUUCCCGGAGGACACAAUACUUCUACAAUUGGCUCCUAAAUGUGCUCCUAGGUCUGCUGGUUCCUGUAGAGGAAGAACAUUCCACUCUCCUGAUCCUUGGUGUGCUACUCACAUUGAGGUGUCUAGUGCCCUUGCUCCAGCAGCAGGUCAAGGACACAAGUCUAAAAGGCAGCUUUGGGGUGACACGGAAAGAAAUGGAAGUCUCUCCUUCUACAGAGCAGCUUGUCCAGGUUUAUGAACUGACUUUGCAUCACACGCAGCACCAAGACCACAAUGUGGUGACAGGGGCACUGGAGCUCUUGCAGCAGCUCUUCCGUACUCCUCCCCCUGAACUGCUACAAGCACUGACCACACCAGGUGGUCUUGGGCAGCUCACUGUGGUUCAAGAGGAGGCCAGGGGCCGAGGCCGCAGCGGGAGCAUUGUGGAACUUUUAGCUGGAGGGGGUUCCUCAUGCAGCCCUGUUCUCUCAAGAAAGCAAAAAGGCAAAGUGCUCUUAGGAGAAGAAGAAGCCUUGGAAGAUGACUCAGAGUCCAGGUCAGAUGUCAGCAGCUCCGCCUUUGCAGCCUCUGUGAAGAGUGAAAUUGGUGGAGAGCUCGCUGCUUCUUCGGGUGUCUCCACUCCUGGUUCUGUAGGUCAUGACAUCAUCACUGAACAGCCUCGGUCCCAGCACACACUUCAAGCAGACUCUGUGGAUUUGUCAGGCUGUGACUUGACCAGUGCUGCUACUGAUGGGGAUGAGGAGGACAUCUUGAGCCACAGCUCCAGCCAGUUCAGUGCCGUUCCAUCUGACCCUGCCAUGGACCUGAAUGAUGGGACCCAGGCCUCCUCACCCAUCAGUGACAGCUCUCAGACUACCACUGAAGGGCCUGAUUCAGCUGUGACUCCUUCUGACAGCUCCGAAAUUGUGUUAGAUGGUGCUGACAGCCAGUAUUUAGGCAUGCAAAUAGGACAGCCACAGGAGGAGGAAGAGGAGGAGGCUGCGGGUGUGCUUUCCAGUGAAGUCUCAGAUGUUUUCAGAAAUUCUUCUCUGGCCCUUCAACAGGCACACUUAUUGGAGAGAAUGGGCCAUAGUAGGCAACCUUCUGACAGCAGUAUAGAUAAGCUUGUAUCAAGAGAUGAAGUUGCUGAAGCAAGUGACCCAGAAAGCAAGCCUUGCCGAAUCAAAGGUGACAUAGGACAGCCUAAUGAUGAUGAUUCUGCUCCUCUGGUCCAUUGUGUCCGCCUUUUAUCUGCUUCCUUUUUGUUAACUGGGGAAAAAAAAGCACUGGUUCCAGACAGAGAUGUGAGGGUCAGUGUGAAGGCCCUGGCCCUCAGCUGUAUUGGUGCAGCCGUGGCCCUUCAUCCUGAAUCUUUCUUCAGCAAACUAUAUAAAGUACCUCUUGACACCAUGGAAGGUGCUGAGGAACAGUAUGUCUCUGACAUCUUGAACUACAUCGAUCAUGGAGACCCACAGGUCCGAGGAGCUACUGCCAUUCUCUGUGGGACCCUCGUCUACUCCAUCCUCAGCAGAUCCCGGCUCCGUGUUGGCGACUGGCUGGGCACCAUUAGAACCCUGACAGGAAAUGCAUUUUCUCUGGUGGACUGCAUUCCUUUGCUACAGAAAACUUUGAAGGAUGAAUCUUCUGUCACUUGCAAGCUGGCCUGUACAGCUGUGAGGCACUGCGUCCAGAGUCUUUGCAGCAGCAGCUACAGUGACUUGGGAUUACAACUGCUCAUUGAUAUGUUGCCUCUCAAGAACAGCUCCUACUGGUUGGUAAGGACUGAGCUGCUGGAAACCCUUGCAGAGAUUGACUUCAGGCUGGUGAGUUUUUUGGAGGCAAAAGCAGAAAGUUUACAUCGAGGGGCUCAUCAUUAUACAGGGUUUUUAAAACUGCAAGAACGAGUGCUUAAUAAUGUGGUCAUUUAUUUGCUUGGAGAUGAAGACCCCAGGGUUCGACAUGUUGCUGCAGCAUCGCUAACAAGGCUUGUCCCAAAGCUGUUCUAUAAAUGUGACCAAGGACAGGCUGAUCCAGUAGUGGCUGUAGCAAGAGAUCAAAGCAGUGUUUACCUGAAACUCCUCAUGCAUGAGACGCAGCCGCCAUCGCACUUCUCUGUCAGCACCAUAACCAGAAUCUAUAGAGGUUAUAGUUUACUGCCAAGUAUUACAGAUAUCACCAUGGAAAACAACCUCUCAAGAGUUGUUGCUGCAGUUUCUCAUGAACUCAUUACAUCAACUACCCGGGCACUCACAUUUGGAUGUUGUGAAGCCUUGUGUCUGCUUUCAGCAGCCUUUCCAGUUUGCACUUGGAGUUUAGGUUGGCAUUGUGGAGUGCCCCCGCUGAGUGCCUCUGAUGAGUCCAGGAAGAGCUGUACUGUUGGGAUGGCCUCCAUGAUUCUCACCUUGCUUUCAUCAGCUUGGUUCCCAUUGGAUCUCUCAGCCCAUCAGGAUGCCUUGAUUUUAGCUGGAAACUUGCUUGCGGCCAGUGCCCCCAAGUCUCUGAGAAGUUCUUGGACCUCUGAAGAAGAAGCCAAUUCAGCAGCCACCAGACAGGAGGAAGUUUGGCCUGCCCUGGGGGAUCGGACACUGGUGCCCAUGGUGGAACAGCUUUUCUCUCACCUGCUGAAGGUGAUCAACAUCUGUGCUCAUGUCUUGGAUGAUGUGACUCCUGGACCAGCAAUCAAGGCAGCUUUGCCUUCUCUAACAAACCCCCCUUCUCUAAGUCCUAUUCGACGGAAAGGGAAGGAGAAAGAACCAGGAGAACAAGCUUCUGCUCCAAUGAGUCCCAAGAAAGGUGGUGAGACCAGUGCAGCCUCUCGACAAUCAGACACCUCAGGACCUGUCACAGCAAGUAAAUCUUCUUCAUUGGGGAGUUUCUACCAUCUCCCUUCCUACCUCAAACUGCAUGAUGUCCUGAAAGCCACUCAUGCCAACUAUAAGGUCACCUUAGAUCUUCAGAACAGCACUGAAAAGUUUGGGGGGUUCCUGCGCUCUGCCUUGGACGUCCUCUCUCAGAUUCUAGAACUGGCAACACUGCAGGAUAUUGGAAAGUGUGUUGAAGAGGUCCUUGGUUAUCUGAAAUCCUGCUUUAGUCGAGAACCAAUGAUGGCAACUGUCUGUGUUCAGCAGCUAUUGAAGACUCUCUUUGGGACAAACUUGGCCUCACAGUUUGAUGGCUUAUCUUCGAACCCCAGCAAGUCUCAAUGCCGAGCACAGCGCCUUGGCUCUUCCAGUGUGAGGCCAGGCUUAUAUCACUACUGCUUCAUGGCACCGUACACACACUUCACGCAGGCCUUGGCUGAUGCCAGUCUGAGGAACAUGGUGCAGGCGGAGCAGGAGCAUGAUGCCUCAGGGUGGUUUGAUGUACUCCAGAAAGUGUCUGCCCAAUUGAAGACGAACCUCACAAGCGUCACAAAGAACCGUGCGGAUAAGAAUGCUAUUCACAAUCACAUUAGAUUAUUUGAGCCUCUUGUUAUAAAAGCAUUGAAGCAGUACACCACAACGACAUCUGUACAGUUGCAGAAGCAGGUUUUGGAUUUGCUGGCACAGCUGGUUCAGCUACGGGUCAAUUAUUGUCUGCUGGAUUCGGAUCAGGUGUUCAUCGGUUUUGUGCUGAAGCAGUUUGAGUACAUUGAAGUGGGCCAGUUCAGGGAAUCAGAGGCAAUUAUUCCAAAUAUAUUUUUCUUCCUGGUAUUACUGUCUUAUGAACGCUACCAUUCAAAACAAAUCAUUGGAAUUCCUAAAAUCAUCCAGCUGUGUGAUGGCAUCAUGGCCAGUGGAAGGAAGGCUGUUACACAUGCCAUACCUGCUCUGCAGCCCAUUGUACAUGACCUGUUUGUGUUAAGAGGAACAAAUAAAGCUGAUGCUGGAAAAGAGCUUGAAACCCAGAAGGAGGUGGUUGUGUCGAUGCUGUUAAGACUCAUCCAAUACCAUCAGGUGCUGGAGAUGUUCAUCCUUGUCCUGCAGCAGUGCCACAAGGAGAAUGAGGACAAGUGGAAACGGCUGUCUCGGCAGGUUGCGGACAUCAUCCUGCCUAUGUUAGCCAAGCAGCAGAUGCACAUUGAUUCUCAUGAAGCCCUGGGAGUGUUAAAUACCUUGUUUGAGAUUUUGGCUCCUUCCUCCCUACGUCCUGUGGACAUGCUUUUGCGGAGUAUGUUCAUCACUCCAAGCACAAUGGCAUCUGUAAGCACUGUGCAGCUGUGGAUAUCUGGAAUCCUAGCCAUUCUGAGGGUUCUCAUUUCCCAAUCAACAGAAGAUAUCGUUCUUUCUCGUAUUCAGGAACUCUCCUUCUCGCCAUAUUUAAUCUCUUGUCCAGUAAUUAGCAGGUUAAGGGAAGGAGACAGUAAUUCAACACUAGGAGAACGCAGUGAAGGGAAACAAACAAAGAAUUUGCCAGAAGAAACAUUCUCAAGGUUUCUUUUACAGCUGGUUGGUAUUCUUUUAGAAGACAUUGUUACAAAACAGCUCAAAGUGGAAAUGAGUGAACAGCAGCAUACAUUCUACUGCCAAGAGCUGGGCACACUGCUCAUGUGUCUGAUCCACAUCUUCAAAUCUGGAAUGUUCCGGAGAAUCACAGCAGCUGCCACUAGACUCUUCACCAGUGAUGGUUGUGAAGGCAGCUUCUAUACUCUAGAGAGCCUGAAUGCACGGGUGCGAUCCAUGGUGCCCACACACCCAGCUCUGGUACUGCUCUGGUGUCAGAUCCUACUGCUCAUCAACCACACUGACCACCGAUGGUGGGCAGAGGUGCAGCAGACACCCAAAAGGCACAGUCUGUCCUGCACGAAGUCACUUAGUCCCCAGAUGUUUGGUGAAGAAGAGGAGGAUUCUGGUUCAGCAGCUCAACUUGGAAUGUGCAAUAGAGAAAUAGUGCGAAGAGGGGCCCUUAUUCUCUUCUGUGAUUAUGUUUGUCAGAAUCUUCAUGACUCAGAACACUUAACAUGGCUCAUUGUGAAUCACAUUCAAGAUCUGAUCAGCCUGUCUCAUGAGCCUCCAGUACAAGACUUUAUUAGUGCCAUUCAUCGUAAUUCUGCAGCUAGUGGCCUUUUCAUCCAGGCAAUCCAGUCUCGUUGUGAAAAUCUUUCAGCUCCAACCACUCUGAAGAAAACACUUCAGUGCUUAGAAGGCAUCCAUCUCAGCCAGUCUGGUGCUGUGCUUACACUAUAUGUGGACAGGCUCCUGGGAACUCCCUUCCGUGCGUUGGCUCGCAUGGUCGACACUCUGGCCUGUCGCCGGGUAGAAAUGCUUUUGGCUGCAAAUUUACAGAGUAGCAUGGCCCAGUUGCCAGUGGAGGAACUGAACAGAAUCCAGGAGCACCUCCAGAAUAGUGGGCUUGCCCAAAGACACCAAAGGCUCUAUUCCCUGCUGGACAGGUUCCGACUCUCUACUGUGCAGGACUCACUUAGCCCUUUGCCCCCAGUCACUUCCCACCCACUGGAUGGGGAUGGGCACACAUCUCUGGAAACAGUGAGUCCAGACAAAGACUGGUACCUCCAGCUUGUAAGAUCCCAGUGUUGGACCAAAUCAGAUUCUGCACUGCUGGAAGGUGCAGAGUUGGUGAAUCGCAUCCCUGCUGAAGACAUGAAUGACUUCAUGAUGAGCACGGAGUUCAACCUAAGCCUUUUGGCUCCCUGCUUAAGCCUUGGCAUGAGUGAGAUUGCUUCUGGCCAGAAGAGUCCUCUUUUUGAAGCAGCCCGUGCAGUGACUCUGGACCGGGUGACCAGUGUUGUUCAGCAGCUUCCUGCUGUCCAUCAAGUCUUCCAGCCUUUCCUGCCUACAGAGCCAACAGCCUACUGGAGCAAGUUGAAUGAUCUGCUUGGUGAUGCUACAUCAUACCAGUCUCUGACCACACUUGCUCGUGCCCUAGCACAAUACCUGGUGGUGGUCUCCAAAGUGCCUGCUCAUUUGCACCUUCCCCCUGAGAAGGAGGGGGACACAGUGAAGUUUGUGGUAAUGACACUUGAGGCCUUGUCAUGGCAUUUGAUCCAUGAGCAGAUCCCACUGAGUCUGGACCUCCAAGCCGGGCUAGACUGCUGCUGCCUGGCACUACAGGUGCCUGGCCUCUGGGGGGUGCUGUCCUCCCCAGAGUAUGUGACCCAUGUCUGCUCCCUCAUCCAUUGUGUGCGAUUCAUCCUGGAAGCCAUUGCAGUGCAGCCUGGGGACCAGCUUCUCGGUCCAGAAAGCAGGUCAAAUACUCCAAGGGCUGUCAGAAAGGAAGAAGUAGACUCAAACAUACAAAAUCCUGGUUUCAUCACUUCAGCCUGCGAGAUGGUAGCAGAGAUGGUGGAAUCCCUACAGUCAGUGCUGGCCUUGGGCCACAAGAGGAACAGCAACUUGCCUUCAUUUCUCACGGCAGUGCUAAAGAAUAUUGUCAUCAGUCUGGCGCGUCUUCCCCUAGUCAACAGCUAUACGCGUGUGCCCCCUCUGGUAUGGAAACUUGGGUGGUCGCCCAAGCCUGGAGGGGACUUUGGCACAGUGUUCCCUGAGAUCCCUGUAGAAUUCCUCCAGGAGAAGGAGAUCCUCACGGAGUUCAUCUAUCGUAUCAACACCCUAGGGUGGACCAGUCGUACCCAGUUUGAAGAAACUUGGGCUACCCUCCUUGGUGUCCUGGUGACUCAGCCCCUGGUGAUGGAACAGGAGGAGAGCCCACCAGAGGAAGACACAGAAAGGACCCAGAUCCAUGUCCUGGCUGUGCAGGCCAUCACCUCUUUAGUGCUCAGUGCAAUGACUGUGCCUGUGGCUGGCAAUCCAGCUGUAAGCUGCUUGGAACAACAGCCCCGGAACAAGCCCCUGAAGGCUCUCGAUACAAGAUUUGGAAGGAAGUUGAGUGUGAUCAGAGGGAUUGUAGAACAAGAGAUCCAAGAAAUGGUUUCCCAGAGAGAGAAUACUGCCACUCACCAUUCUCACCAGGCAUGGGAUCCUGUCCCUUCUCUGUUGCCAGCUACUACAGGUGCCCUCAUCAGCCAUGACAAGCUACUACUGCAGAUCAACUCAGAGCGGGAGCUAGGCAACAUGAGCUACAAGCUGGGCCAGGUAUCCAUACACUCUGUGUGGCUGGGGAACAACAUCACACCUCUGAGAGAAGAGGAAUGGGAUGAAGAGGAGGAAGAAGAGGCUGAUGUCCCUGCACCAACGUCACCACCUUUGUCUCCAGUCAAUUCCAGAAAACACCGUGCUGGGGUUGAUAUUCACUCCUGUUCGCAGUUUCUGCUUGAAUUGUACAGCCGCUGGAUCCUGCCAUCCAGUGCAGCCAGAAAGACCCCUGUCAUCCUGAUCAGUGAAGUGGUUCGAUCUCUUCUCGUGGUGUCAGACUUAUUCACUGAACGCACCCAGUUUGAAAUGAUGUAUCUAACGCUGACAGAACUACGGAGAGUGCACCCUUCAGAAGAUGAAAUCCUCAUUCAGUACCUAGUGCCUGCCACUUGUAAGGCAGCUGCUGUCCUUGGUAUGGACAAAACUGUAGCAGAGCCAGUCAGCCGCCUACUGGAGAGCACACUCAGGAGCAGCCACCUCCCCAGCCAGAUCGGAGCCCUGCAUGGCAUCCUCUACGUGUUGGAGUGUGACCUCUUGGAUGACACUGCAAAGCAGCUCAUUCCAGUUGUUAGUGACUAUCUGCUGUCCAACCUCAAAGGAAUAGCCCACUGCGUGAACAUUCAUAGCCAGCAGCACGUGCUGGUGAUGUGUGCCACUGCAUUCUAUCUGAUGGAAAACUACCCUCUGGAUGUGGGGCCAGAAUUUUCAGCAUCUGUGAUACAGAUGUGUGGAGUGAUGCUGUCUGGAAGUGAGGAAUCCACCCCCUCCAUCAUUUACCACUGUGCCCUCCGGGGUCUGGAGCGUCUCCUGUUAUCUGAGCAGCUCUCUCGGUUAGAUACAGAGUCUUUGGUCAAGCUAAGUGUGGACAGAGUGAAUGUACAAAGCCCACACCGAGCCAUGGCAGCCCUAGGCCUGAUGCUCACCUGCAUGUACACAGGAAAAGAAAAAGCCAGUCCAGGCAGAACCUCUGACCCUAGCCCUGCUACACCUGACAGUGAGUCUGUGAUCGUUGCUAUGGAGCGGGUAUCUGUUCUCUUUGAUAGGAUCCGCAAGGGGUUUCCCUGUGAAGCCAGAGUUGUGGCAAGGAUCCUGCCUCAGUUCCUAGAUGAUUUCUUCCCACCUCAAGAUGUCAUGAACAAAGUCAUUGGAGAGUUUCUGUCCAACCAGCAACCAUACCCACAGUUCAUGGCCACUGUAGUAUACAAGGUUUUUCAGACUCUGCACAGUGCUGGGCAGUCAUCCAUGGUCAGGGACUGGGUCAUGCUGUCCCUGUCCAACUUCACACAAAGAACUCCAGUUGCCAUGGCCAUGUGGAGCCUCUCCUGCUUCCUUGUCAGUGCAUCUACCAGCCCAUGGGUUUCAGCGAUCCUUCCACAUGUCAUCAGCAGGAUGGGCAAACUGGAGCAAGUAGAUGUGAACCUUUUCUGCCUGGUUGCCACAGACUUCUACAGACACCAGAUAGAGGAGGAAUUCGACCGCAGGGCUUUCCAGUCUGUAUUUGAGGUGGUGGCAGCACCAGGAAGUCCUUACCACCAGCUGCUUACUUGUUUGCGAAAUGUCCACAAGGUCACCACCUGCUGAGUAGUACCUGUGGCACAAGAGGCUGAGAGGAGGCAACUGCUGGAGCCAGAGCCUCUAGGAGCCUGUGCCAAGCUUCUGCUGGGGCUGCCUUGGUCAUGCAGGCUUCCACUUGUGUCAGGUGGACAGCCAGGCAAUGGCAGGAGUGCUUUGCACUGUGGGCUGUGCAGGAAUAUGCACUAUGUUGGGGUUGAGCCUGAGUCCUGGGUCAACCUGGCCUCGCUGCAUCUGGUGGCAGUGCUAGGUUGACCAGGUGUUUAUCUUUUUCCUAGUGUUCCCCUGGCCAAGGUUGCCAGGUGGCAGCUGCCCUGGUAUGUGGAGCAGAAGUCCUAGCUCUUGCCAGAUGGUUCUGAGCCCUCUUGUCCCACUGGGCUGGAGAGCUCUCACCCACAUUUCCCCAGGAGGGUUUACCUGCCACACCAGUGUCUGGACAUAAAAUGAGUGGUAUGUGGGGGCUUGGAACUGGGGUGCCAGGUGUCCAGCAUCAUUUUCCCUUUCUCUGUUUUCUUCUCAGGAGUUAAAAUUUAAUUAUAUCAGUAAAGAGAUUAAUUUUAAUGUAACUUUC